ACGACGCUGCCGCUGGACCCUCCUCCCCGAACCCCUAAUGCUGAUUGGUGUUGUACAUUUCAGUAUUUACGAGUGCACUGAAGCGACCGUGCCCGUGCACAUAUUGUGCGAGUGCAUUUUGAGCGUAGGCCCCAAAAACGCGUAGUGUGCAAGUGGCGUUUGAUCCUGCGGCUGGUCUGGUGCAAGUGCGAAACAAACGCUUGCAGCAACACCCCCCGAAAGCGCCAGAAAGUUGGUGACCAGCGUGGAGGAGAAGAAGCAAGAAGAAGAGAAAGACGAACGGGGAAAGAGUGCGCGAAUUAAUGUUUUCAUUUCACGUAACGGUGGGGCGGGUAUGCGAGGUCAUGGAGUCGCCAAUCGCGCGGUUGUGAACGUGUGUGCGUGCGUGCGUGUGCGUGUGUGCUAUCUACCCGCGAAGGAGGCGGCGGGUGAGGUGGAGGUGUCCGGAAGCGAAAGAAAAAAAAAGUCCGACCAAAAAAAAAACCCCCACCGGAGGGCUAAUAAACGUGUGCUGCUGGUGUGUGUGUGGUGAAAAACAGUGCAAAGAGUGCAUUUCGCCUCACGGGCGUUGUGUAGGGGCGCGCACCGCUCACGCAAAAAAAAAAAGAAAGAAAGGGUCAGUCAAAUGGAGCACCACCUAGUGCCGGAUGUCGCGCCAUCGUGCAAGGGUGCCACUGCACCCGGGGGUGUCAGCAACUCCAGCAACACGAGCAGCAGCAGCAGCAAAUUGAAGCGAGCGUUUUCAAUGCCGCGUAAUCCAUUUCAAGGUUCGCGAGGCGGCCCGACCAAGGCACCGAGCGGCAGUGCUGCCAGCGACGGUGGCGGCGGUACCAGGCUGCUGGUGGUUGGCAAUGGCAACAGCGCCAGUGACGGGCAAGAUUGUAAUAAUAAAAUCGCACCGACCGCGGAUGACGAGGCACGCGCCGAUUCGCGGCUCGGCAUGGCCAACCGGGACCAGCAAGACCAGCAACAGCAGCAACAGCAACAACAGCAGAAGGUGAAGAAAUCCGCCACCCUGGGCGGGGAGAGUGGUGCCGGUGGUGAGAAGAAAAUAUUUCGCCGUUUAUCGGUGAAAAAGUUUAUCAAUCGCAUUGCACAACAGAUGACAUAUGUCAACCGUACAGUGAGCAAUCAUAAAUUCGACAAGGUACAAUCGCUGCAAACCAACACCCUCCCGAAUGGUACGGCGACACGGCCGGUAGCAGGUGGUGGUGGUGGUGGUGGAAAUUUCGUGUGGCCACCGGACACCGUGCCCGGGGUGAUAGGGUUGCGAAAUCACGGCAACACCUGCUUCAUGAACGCCGUGCUCCAGUGUCUCAGCCACACGGACAUUCUGGCCCAGUAUUUCGUUUUGGAUCUCUACAAGGCCGAUUUGAAACGUCGCAACAAAAUUAAUGCCAAAAAGUUCGGUACCAAAGGCGAGCUGACGGAGCAGUUGGCGCUCGUGCUGAAGUCGCUGUGGACGUGUAAGGACGCGCCGGAUUAUAGUUCAAAUUUUAAGGCGGUUGUCGACCGUUACGGAAGUCAAUUCCGGAGCUCCACACAGCACGACGCGCAAGAGUUCCUCUUCUGGUUGCUCGACAAGGUGCACGAAGAUCUGAACACCGCCACGAAGCGGAAAUACAAAGCCAUCAAGAACAACGGCCGCUCGGAUGAGGUGAUCGCCGCGGAAACGCUUGCAAAUUACGUCCGCUGCAACAACUCGUUCGUGCAGGCCGUCUUCCAGGCCCAAUUCCGUUCAUCACUCUCCUGCCCAACAUGCGGCAAGCAAAGCAACACGUUCGAUCCUUUUUACUGUCUCUCGGUGCCGUUACCGCAGCUCUCCCAACAACCGGUGCUGGUGAAGGUGAUCUACUCCUCGCAGCAACCGAAACAGGUCAAGCUUGGGCUUGGCAUCCCGCACGGAUCGCCUGUACUAGCGCUGCGGGAGCAACUCCACGCUGACACCGGCAUCGGGCUGGAUCGGAUGAUACUGACCGAGAUCUGCGAGUCCGGGUACAGCCGCGUGUUUUGUGACUCCCAUCUGAUGUCGUCCGUGCGUGAAACCGACCCGCUGUACUGCAUCGAAUGUCCACCGGUCGGUGUGGGACAGGACACCUCCAGCGGGACGAAGAUUGUGCUCUGUUUGUGCAACGGAAAGCGUGAGUUCGGGGGUGCCGUAAAACGCUUCGGAACACCCUUCUGUUUGGUCGUGAACCGGGACAUUUCGUACACCGAACUGCAGAAGCUGCUGCUCAAAGAGAUGUCCGGUAUCCUGCGGUCGGAUGUGUUCGCUUUUGCCACACCCGCCCAGAGCCUGUUCCGGAUGCGGUUGCAGGAUCCGAGCUGUGAUGCGGACACCUACCUAGAGGCGACGGUUGAGCAUCCGCUGUUUACGGAGAUGAUCGAUUUGGCGCUUUCGGUGCUACCCUCCGACGCUGGACCGGCGCACGUGAAGCUGCUGCUGGAGUGGACCGAUCCGGAGCGGUUUUUCAGCGACACGGGCGACCCGUUCGUGGAGCACGAAAGCGUCACCCAGAUGCGGGAGAAAAUUCCCGCCAGCUCGGCGCUAACGCUUGAGCAGUGCUUCGAGCAUUACACGAAAGCGGAAACGCUCGGGCAGGACAAUGCGUGGAAGUGCCCGCACUGCCAGGAGUACCUGCCGGUGGUGAAAACGCUCGGUUUGUGGUCCCUUCCGGACAUUAUGGUCAUUCACUUGAAGCGCUUUCGGCAGCAGCAGCUUCGCGCCACCACGCAAGCGGCAAAGCUCACGAAUUUGGUGAAGUUUCCGCUGCACGGGUUCGAUAUGACGCCUCAUUUGGCGCGAAAUCCAUCGGCCGGCCAUCAGCAGGUGGGUCACGCGCAACCCAACGCAUUGGAUCACCCGGGGUACGGUGAUGCGGACAAUUGGAGUCCGUGGAGGAAAAUCAUGCGCAGUGGCCAUGCCACGCAGACACAUUCCAUAAUGGCGGGUGCGGGAAGUGGCCGAAGACAGCUGGCGGCGAUGGACAACCGGUACGAUUUGUAUGCCGUGUGCUACCAUCAGGGAGAUACGCUGGAAACGGGCCAUUAUACGGCCGCUUGCAAGAACCCGUACGAUGGGCAGUGGUAUCGGUUUGACGAUCAGCGAGUGUCGCAUGUAGCGAGCGAGCACGUGGAUGAGGAGAUCAUCAACAACGAGGCUUACCUGUUGUUCUACCAAAGACGGAAGUUGCCGGCCGAUGGUUCCGGUGAGUGUUCCGGCAGCUCGAGCUCCAGUUCCGGUGAUCAUUGGGUGUCGAAAAUAAUCGUUCCACCGGCGGCGGCUAGCGCAACGGCGACGUUAGAGAAGCGCAAGCUGGUUCCCCCAGCUGCGGUGGUGGGCAGUAAUGGUGAAACGAUGGCAAAUACCACCACCACCACCAGUCAGCCACCUGCACCGGAUGCCGUGAGCAGUAGUGCGGCCAGUGGCGAUGGUGGAAAUGCGGGUGGAAAACCUUCGGCUGAACCGACGGUGAAAGCGGAUGAAAUCGCGGAAGCCAUGUCCGUAAGCUCAGCGAACGAAAGCAAAGAAAAGCAGGGCGGUGAGGAGGUCAUUGGACGAAAGGAUUCUCCCGGAAAAUCGGUGACCGCACCCGAUAAAACGAAAGCUCAACAAUCGUCUUCACACACCACCAAACCACCAUCACCAGCAGCGUCAUCAUCCUUACCGGCGUCAUUAGCUUCGUCAACUGUGCCAACGGAAGUGGAAAAAAUCAUUGCUCCAGCAGCCAAAGAAUCAAGGAACAACGUGGUUGAACAUGCGAUUAAACAAUCCCCGGAAGAAGCGCCCGCAACGGUCAGCAGUCCCAGCAGCAGGCGCGUGCCUCGUGCAACCGAGACGAAACCUUCACCGAAAAAGGACACCCUCAGGCCCGCCAGUGAGGCUGACGAAUCCAAAGGCACCAGCGAGGGUGGCAUUACGAAGCCGGCUUUACCGCUGGCGGUCGAGAAGCAGACGCAAACGCAAACGAUGGAGCAGCAAAAGCUCGCCGCGUCGCUCGUGAACGGUGGGAGCCGCUUUUCGUUGCCCUCCUCGCAACAGUUUCAGGACAUUUUGUGGCGCGAAAACAUGUCGGAGUUGAUGCACCACCGGCCGUCCUCGUUUGCGACGUACAAAGGUGUGCUCGAUGCGGGCGAUGCCGUGUCGCUGAUUCGUGGUGCGAACACGUGCAGCAAGGAUACGCUGCUGUUCAUCGAUCAGCAGGGACACGGGCUCGAUCGGGUGGUGCUGGAUGAUGAUGAUGAGUCGGGUGAUCUGCUACCACCAGGCAGUGGGAGUCGUGCAUUGUGGAUCUCCCCAGUUACCCCACAUAAAUUGAUCACCGUUUCACCGAAAAACUAAAGCGGC